AUGCAGAUCUUCGUGAAAACCCUUACAGGAAAGACCAUUACGCUUGACGUGGAGUCUUCGGAUACGAUAGAAAAUGUGAAAGCAAAAAUCCAAGAUAAAGAAGGAAUCCCCCCCGACCAACAACGUCUCAUUUUCGCUGGAAAACAACUUGAAGAUGGCCGUACCCUCUCCGAUUACAACAUCCAAAAAGAGUCCACACUCCAUCUUGUUCUUCGUCUACGAGGAGGCAUGCAAAUCUUCGUGAAAACUCUAACGGGAAAGACCAUUACGCUUGACGUGGAGUCUUCGGAUACGAUAGAAAAUGUGAAAGCAAAAAUUCAAGAUAAAGAAGGAAUCCCCCCCGACCAACAACGUCUCAUUUUCGCUGGAAAACAACUUGAAGAUGGCCGUACCCUCUCCGAUUACAACAUCCAAAAAGAGUCCACACUCCAUCUUGUUCUUCGUCUACGAGGGGGUAUGCAAAUCUUCGUGAAAACUCUAACGGGAAAGACCAUUACGCUUGACGUGGAGUCUUCGGAUACGAUAGAAAAUGUGAAAGCAAAAAUUCAAGACAAAGAAGGAAUCCCCCCCGACCAACAACGUCUCAUUUUCGCUGGAAAACAACUUGAAGAUGGCCGUACCCUCUCCGAUUACAACAUCCAAAAAGAGUCCACACUCCAUCUUGUUCUUCGUCUACGAGGGGGUAUGCAAAUCUUCGUGAAAACUCUAACGGGAAAGACCAUUACGCUUGACGUGGAGUCUUCGGAUACGAUAGAAAAUGUGAAAGCAAAAAUUCAAGAUAAAGAAGGAAUCCCCCCCGACCAACAACGUCUCAUUUUCGCUGGAAAACAACUUGAAGAUGGCCGUACCCUCUCCGAUUACAACAUCCAAAAAGAGUCCACACUCCAUCUUGUUCUUCGUCUACGAGGGGGUAUGCAAAUCUUCGUGAAAACUCUAACGGGAAAGACCAUUACGCUUGACGUGGAGUCUUCGGAUACGAUAGAAAAUGUGAAAGCAAAAAUUCAAGACAAAGAAGGAAUCCCCCCCGACCAACAACGUCUCAUUUUCGCUGGAAAACAACUUGAAGAUGGCCGUACCCUCUCCGAUUACAACAUCCAAAAAGAGUCCACACUCCAUCUUGUUCUUCGUCUACGAGGGGGUAUGCAAAUCUUCGUGAAAACUCUAACGGGAAAGACCAUUACGCUUGACGUGGAGUCUUCGGAUACGAUAGAAAAUGUGAAAGCAAAAAUUCAAGAUAAAGAAGGAAUCCCCCCCGACCAACAACGUCUCAUUUUCGCUGGAAAACAACUUGAAGAUGGCCGUACCCUCUCCGAUUACAACAUCCAAAAAGAGUCCACACUCCAUCUUGUUCUUCGCCUACGAGGGGGUAUUUAA